GCAGGUGAACGCCCUGACCGUCCUGGCCUUGCUGGAGAAGCUGGUAUCGAUGUUGGAAGCGGUGGAAGGACAACAGCGGCAGAUGGAGCAGAGGCAGCGGGGUUUGGAAGGGGCGGUGCGGGGUAUUCAGGGAGACCUGGGGAAAUUGUGCCGCAGCCACGGGGCGACGGGGGAAGCGGUGGAGAAGCUGCUGGAGAAGUCGCGGAAGGUGUGCGCCCCCGCCCGCGCCGUGCGGGAGCGGCUGGAGAGGCAGUGCGACCAGGUGCGACGCCUGGAGCAGCAUCACGCACAGCUGCUCCGGCGGGACCGCUUCAAGGUGCUCAUCUUCCAGGAGGAAAAUGAGAUCCCUGCCAGUGUUUUUGCAAAAGAGCCUAUUCCCAGCAUUACAGAAGGAAAAGAGGAUCCUGUGGAUGAGAACAAAACACUGGAAGAAACCUUGCACACAGUGGAGUUGUGUUCAGAUGAUGAAAUGUUUCACGAGGAAGAUGAUGUGGAUGACAGUGCAGAGGAGAAAACAGAAGAAUCAAGAGCUGAGAAAAUUAAAAGAUCCAGCCUCAAGAAAGUAGACAGCCUCAAGAAAGCAUUUUCCCGCCAAAACAUCGAGAAGAAGAUGAACAAGAUCAGCACAAAGAUCGUCUCGCCUGAACGGAGAGAAAAGAUCAAGAAAUCGCUUACUGUACAUCAUCAGAAAUCCUCUUCUUCAAAGAGUUCAGCUUUCAAAGUAUCUCCCCUCACGCUUAACGUGAAGAAAGCCCAUGAAGGAGAAAGCCCUGCUGAAGCUGAGGACAGACCAGCAGAAAGUACAAGCAACGACCAAGCUGAGAAUGAGGAUGAAAUGUCAUUCGCCGACAUGCACUCGGAUAUGACACCUACCACCUCACUGACCGAGGAGGGCAAAGCAGUAGCCGAUUCUCUAGAGAAGGAAGCCAGAAUGGAAGGGAACGCCAUGAUGAACAACAACAUUGAGCUGUCCAUUGUUGAAGAUGAUGAAGAGUAUGGGAUGCCUCUAGAAGUUCCUAGCCAGAAACUGUAUGAUGAAAGAAACAACCCAGUCGGCGGGGAAACAGAACAAUCUGAUGAAGAAACCACCCAAGCAGCUGUCCUGCAGAUAGACCAAACAGCGUAAUCAACCCGAGCCUUCCUUCACCUUCCAGAUACGCAUGGUUUUACUUAGGCGAGUAGGUGGUUUCUGCUACACAGGCAGUAUUAGAAAUUCAGUUUCUUCCAUCCUUUUCUCUGCAGUGGUAAUUUAUUGCAUCGUGUUGGAACACAGAGUGAACAAGGUCAAUGACACAGGCUGCAACAUGCUCCGUUUUAGGCCGAGUCACUGGUGUUUAUUAAUUUAGAAAUGCUGUCAGCUGGCAUAAGAGACUAGCAGGAAAAGAGUAUGUCUAGUAGAAGCAAGCUGGUCAGCUGGCUUUCUUAUAGUUAGGUCAGAGGAAUGUGGAGAGAGUAGUCAAACCCCAAACAUUUCUGUUGUGUUUUUUUCUCUGUCAGUAUUUCACAGCACUGUGAGUAGUUUUGUAUGUAAAUGUAGAAAUACCAAUGAGAACAUUUGAUUUCGGUUUCCGUGCUAUGCUCCGUGAAUAAUAACAGCCUCAGUAACUGUGCAUACACGUAGUUUGUUUGGGGCUUUGCUCCACGAUGCUGUAAGCCUAGAAGAGCAGAGUACUUAAAGGGCGAAGCUGAAAAGUUGGUUCUAUCAAUUUCAGUGGGGGAAAGAUUUUUGCCAGAAGCCUCUCGCUAUUCACUUAGAAGAAAUAACUGUGUUUAGGUGGAAAUGAAAAGAUGUUUUUCAGUCUACCAGAGUUAUGGAAAUACAUUAGUGACAAGCAUGAAUGUGUGAUCAGCUACUGUACCUUUAAGGGAUCAGAAAUUGAAAAAAAAAAAAAAAAACUAGAAGGAAUUUGAUAGAAACAUGGAGAUAGUCUGAAGAAAGUAUGAAAUGCUAUGAAAUGUAAAAAAAGCAAAAAUAAAACCCCGCAAUAUUAAAUCUAUACUCGCAGCUUAAAGAAUAUAUACUCAGAUAACACUAAUGAAUUAAUUCUUAGUCUUUAUAGCAAUAUACUAUCAAACUUGCACCUGCACAACUUUGUAUCCAGAGUAUUUUGAAAAUAGCAUAAUUUAUCUUUUUACAAAUUAUUUCAUAUAUAGAGCUAUAUCUACACAGAAGAGCUAGAUAAUUACAGGGAUGUAAGGACAAUUUUUUCAAAAAGGUGAAAUACUCUUUUAGGCAUGUCUAAAGGGAACAAUGUGUUAUGCGUUGAACUUCAUGGCAGGGAUGUGUUUACGUAAGGAUGAGUCUG